AUGGGUUUAUCAGAAAACCCUAGGUUUUUUUUACUAAUAGAUAAAAUCAUUAGGCGAAGCAAAAUUAUUGGAUUAGCCUUAUCAAUUAUAGGUUUAAUUUAUUUUUGUGUAAUCGAUAAGAUUAAUAAAAACGCUGAGCUAGAUGCCCGUUCAUUUGCGCAAUUUCCUGGGAAUUCUACACUUACUAAAAAGGAUGAAGAUUUUUUAAAUGAAACGAAUUCUUACUUUGAGAGCUAUGAAUAUAAAGAAGGAGAACAUGUAAUAGAUAUAGUGCAUGAUUAUAUUAAAAGGACGUCUAGUUUGGUUGAUACAGAAAAAUAUGAAAUUAAAAUAAAUGAUAAAGUUAAAGAUAAUAUAUUAAUAAGUAAUGUCGGAUGCAAAUUUUGUAAUAAUAUAGAAAAUUUAAUAGUUGUAAUAAAUUUUGAUUAUAAAGAAAGGAAAUAUUUUCAUUCAUUAGUAGUUGGUUUAACGCUGAUAAAUCAUUUUUUAAAUGCUAAUUAUAUGAGUAAAGAUAUAAUAUUUUUGUUUACUAAUAAAGAAUUAUUAUAUUCUUUGGGUGUUCAAAAGUUUAUCGAACAUUAUUAUUAUGGUAAUACAGAAAAUAGAAAAGUUCUUACGAGAUCAUCGAUAAUAAUAGAAUUUGAAUCUAUAUAUCCAUCCCAUAUUGAAAUUAAUUAUGAAAGUUUAAAUGGGAUGUUGCCAAAUCAAGACUUAAUUUUAUUAUUAAGAAAUGAACUAAAUCAUUAUAGCAUCCCUAUAAAAACAGACCCUGUGUACCAUUCUAUUUUGAAUAUUGCUUUGGAAAAAAAAUAUGAAAAGGGACACAUUUAUUUUUUAAGAGAGAGCAUUCCAUCAUUUACUAUAACCGGGGGAAGCAAGGUUCCAUUGAAAAGAAAAAUGAUAAAUUUAUUUAAUUUUACAAAAUCAUUACAAAGUUUUUUAAGAAGCCAAAGUAAUACACAUGAAGGUUUUUGCCAUUCAACCAAUUUUUAUUUCUUUAAUACUAUUAAAAAAUAUAUUCCUAUAAGUUUAUAUGUCUUUUGUGCUUAUUUAAUAUGCAGUUAUUGUAUUUUAAAAUUAAUAAAAGGGACAAUUUUUCGAAAUUAUGUAAAUUUUAUAGUUGGGAUAUAUAUGUAUAUAAUUACUAUAUUAACCAUAUCUAUGCCAAUCUAUUUAUUUUCAACCAAUGAAAAAAUAUAUGAUUUAAUAAAAUCGGAAAAGAGACUCCCAAUAUGUACAGAGUGGCACCCUGAUAAUUUUAAUAAGUAUAUUGAAAUAUCUAAUUAUUGGUUACGUAUUUUUAUUAUAUCAUUAUUUGUAGCGUUUAUUUUAAAUUAUUUUAUCUCUUUGGUUAUUUAUAAAUAUGUUAAAAUAUGGGAUUAUGAAAAAGAUAGAAAGAUACAAAAAAUUAUAAUUUUAGACAAAAUAAAAUAUCUUAAUAAUUUGUUAUAUAAUAGUAGCGAUGUUAAUUAUAUUAAAAAAUUUGUGAAUAGAUACAAAACAGAUAUAGAAUAUAUUAACAAGGAAAACAAAUUAAUUAAGCCUAAAGUAAUACAUAGUGACGAUGAAGACUUUGUGGAUGCUAAAAAAAAAAAAAGAGUUAUAGAAAUAAUACAUGAAAUAAAUGAUAUGGAAAAAGACCUCUAUUUACUUGGUGACGAAAAAUUUAAAUAUAUUUUAAAAAAUACUAUAGCACCUUAUAACUAUAUAAUGAACCACGCCAAUAUUUUUUAUUUCCUUUUCGUCGUUAUAGUUUCAUCGAUGUAUAAUUGGGCUUAUUCGAUACUGUUUUGUAUUAUACUUAUAACUCCGGUGUCAAUGUUACAUAAUAUAAAAGUGAAGAAACAUAAAAUGACUUCCAAAUUUAUAAUUUUAUUUUUUAUUCUUGGAGCAUUAAUGUAUUUAUAUCCAUUUGGAGGAUUUAUUCUGGAUAUGAGAAAUAAAAUAAUGAGCAUGCUAAUGAAUUUUUCUGCAAAGAGCUUGAAAUACAUGAAUUCAUCGGGGUUAUCAAAAAAAAUGUAUUUCCCCGAAUUUUUGGAAUUUAUUUGGUCAAAUAAAAUAUUUGAUACGCUAUAUUUAAAUAAGUAUUAUUUAGAUAAUAAAGACAUAAAGUUUAAUUAUAAUAGUGAGAUUAGUAAUAGUGUAUUAUUAAAUUUAUAUAGUAUAGCUCGAAAUCAUUAUUGUAUAGGCUCUCAAUUGUACCCUCUCUUAUGUUUUACAUUUUUUCCAAUAUUGUUCUAUAUAACAUUUAUAUUUUUUGUUCAAUAA